AUGCGGUCGUUCCUGGGCGUUGUUACCUUCUUAUUUACUGCGGUUGCCUCCGCAGUCAGCACAAAAGGCAAUCGCUUGUUGGUACUGCUCGACGAUGUUGCCGAGAAAGAUGGCUACGCCAAGUUUCUAGGCGACUUGACAGCGCGUGGGUACCAAAUCGUCUACGACACUCCCCGAAGCGAGCAACUGUCACUCUUUGAAUUAGGAGAGAGGCAGUAUGACCAUCUGCUAUUCCUCCCGACCAAAGUGAAGGGCCUUGGUCCCAAACUCACACCCAACAUCCUGAUCGAUUUCGUAAACGCGGAAGGAAACAUUCUUGUUGCCCAAUCGUCAACCCACUCCGCAUCCACCUCGAUUGGAAACUUCCUUGCUGAGCUCGACAUCACUCUCCCCGCUGGGCGGACUGGUCUUGUUGUCGACCACUUCAACUACGAUACCAUCACCGCUUCCGAGAAGCACGAUGUUCUCGUAUUGGAUGCGCCCGAGCCUGUGCGCGACGGCGUCAAGUCUUUCUUCUCGCCUUCUGCCGAUGCCGUCCUGGCCCUGCCAAACACUGUCGGACACACUCUCGGUGGCGGACAUCUUUUGACCCCCGUUCUUCGCGCGCCUUCGACCGCCUACAGCUACAACCCUAAGGAGCAGUUUGAUGCUGUCGAUGCCGAUGACCUCUUUGCUGCCGGAAAGCAGCUGAGCCUUGUUUCCGUCUUCCAGGCCCGUAACUCGGCCCGCGUGACAGUUCUUGGCUCGGCUGAGAUGAUCCAAGACCGCUGGAUUGAAGCCAAAGUUUCUCGUCCCAAGGGCAGCAAAGUUACUGUUGCCAACAGAGAGUUUGCCAAGGCUCUUACCGGAUGGACUUUCCAGGAGCUUGGUGUUCUGCGAGUCAACGAGGUGGAGCACCACCUGACUGGCGAUAACGAGACCAACCCUGGCAUUUACCGUGUCAAGACCGAUGUGACAUACGGUAUCUCGAUCUCCGAGUACGCUUGGGAUUCAUGGAAGCCCUACAAUCUCCCCGAGAACGAUGCCCUCCAGCUCGAAUUCAGCAUGCUCUCCCCGUUCCACCGCCUCGAUCUCUCACCCGUCUCCGUUACCAAGGAUGCCACCGUCUUUGGUACCUCUUUCAUCCUGCCCGACCAGCAUGGUAUUUUCAACUUCCGCGUAAACUACAAGCGCCCAUUCCUGUCUGUCGUUGACGAGAAGCACACCGUCAGCGUCAGGCACAUUGCCCACGAUGAGUGGCCUCGCAGCUUCGUCAUCUCUGGAGCUUGGCCUUGGAUCAGCGGAAUCGGCGCCACCGUCACUGGCUUCGUCGCCUUCUGCGCCAUCUGGGUUUACAGCAAGCCCACCCCCAAGGCUGGAAAGGCAAAGAAGACUCAAUAG